UUUUGAGAAUUUUUCGCGAGCCUCCCUUUACUGUAUUGAUUUUGUUCCACAUUGCACCCCCAAAGUGCUAGAAAUUUUCCCUUGCAAAAUGGCGGUGUAUGCGGCAAUUUUACAGAAGUGAAGAGUGUAAUCACGCUGAUUUUGCAGUUAUUAGGCGUUUUCCUUAAGUUCUCCGACCACCGCGUUGCCCGCGGGUGUUGUAUUCUGUGUAAAAUUAUAAAAUAAAAGAGUGUUUCGCGUGUUUGUGCAGUUAAAUUGAUGUGAAACAGUCACAAGCAUUUCCGAGACGCUAUAGCUUUGUUUUACUUAAAAUCCACAAAUUCCCACUAUUUCACCAUGAUGAAAAAGGAUAAACCACUCUUUUAUGAUCCACUGAUCAUCUCCCGCGUGAAACAGUACCUGGAAGAUAAUGUGCACCAGACUUAUGUGGAUGUUGCCGUGAUGGCGCAGGAUUUGCAGGACAAGUACAAGGAGUACAACAAGCGCAAACCGGGAUCAUUCCGGGUGCUUGUCGAGCAAGCGUACAAGACUGUCCUGCACAGCUACGGUCUGGACAGCAAUCCCAGCAGUGAUGAUGACGGUGAUGUGAAUUCAGACGUGGAGUACAUGGAGGACAAUCAGCAGAAGCAGGAUCCCAUGAAUGACGCCCUCCAGUCACUGUAUAUGAACAACAAGGGCAAACGCGCGCCCGCGACCACAAUUUCGCAGGGCGACGACUUGAUAAACAUCAGCAGUGACGAGAGUGGUGACGAGUCAGCGUCCAAGAAACACCCCAUUCUUGCCAAAGUCACGCCGGACAUCAUUGUCACGAAGCUUCAGAAGGCUGGCGAGCUGCAGAAGCCACAAAUCGCCUCGAAGACCGCCGAUUCUGACGCCAAUCAAGGCCCGGCGUCGAAGAAGCGAAAGGUCGACGCGCCGGCUGAUCUCAAGAACGGACCGCGAAGCGAUGUGGCGAUUGAGAAGAAGAGUGAGAGUCAGGAGUUGCCUGAUGGCCAGGAUGCUGUGGCUCAGGCGCUGAAGAUGCGCAAGAACAAGAAAGAUGCCGCUGUGAAGCACUCAACGGUGACUUUUGAGAAUUUCGGCGGCAAUGAGAAGAUCCUCAAGGAGAUCUGCGAAGUGUUGCUCUAUUUCAAGCGUCCGCGAGUGUGCAGAUACAUUGGGAUGUCGCCACCGAAGGGAUUGCUGCUCCACGGACCGCCGGGAUCGGGAAAGACUCUCCUGGCUCAUGCCAUUGCAGGGCAACUCAACGUUCCCAUGAUGGAAAUCGCUGCUCCUGAGUUUGUUACCGGCAUUUCUGGAGAUUCUGAGGCUCGCAUCCGGCGCAUCUUCGAUCAAGUGGUGGCGGUGGCGCCUUGUGUGCUCUUCAUUGAUGAGAUUGACGUGAUUUCGGCGCACAGGAACAAUGCCCAGAAGGACAUGGAGCGUCGAAUUGUGGCGCAGCUGAUCAUCAGUAUGGACAGUCUAGACAAGGUGCCGAAUGGCGAUCAAGUGCUGGUGAUCGGAGCCACGAGUCGCGUGGAGGUGUUGGAUCCGGCAUUGCGUCGUGGCGGACGAUUUGACAUGGAGAUUUGUCUGGGCAUUCCCGAUCGCCAAGCCAGGGCGGACAUCCUGUCUGUGAUCUGUGACAAGAUGACACUGGAGCGUCCGUUUGACUUUGACGCUCUGGCUGCCCUCACGCCGGGCUUCGUGGGUGUGGAUUUGGUGACGCUGUCAAUCACAGCCGCGAGGGUGGCGUUCAUGAAGGUGAUCAUUGCGAAGGAGGGCAAAGCAUUCCUUCAGAAGUAUUCGAAGAGUCAAGAGGAGGUGACAAAUCUCAUGCCGGUGGUGAAUUUGACCGAUGAGACAAUUCUCAUGGAUGUGGAUGAUGUGACAUCGUCCACGAAGGAGGAUAAGAUCCCAGACACACCACAGAUUGUCAUUGAUGACGAGGAGAUGCCGGAGAAGGUCAAUGAGAAACCCAAAGAUGUACCAGUUGAGGAGAUAAAGGAGAAUGGAAGUGCGGAGAAUAAUGUUGAGUCGACAAAUCCCGAUGAGGCGGAGAAAGGAGAUAAACCACUGGACACUGCCACAGAGAAUCCGCCAGUUGUGGAGCCAAAACAGGCAGAAGAGGCGGUUCAGGAAGUGCAGAAAGUUGCCGAGGAGGAAGUGAAGAAUGGCAAUGUUACCUGCAAUUCUGCACAAUCCUCCAAUGAUGUCGAGACAUUGCCAGUGAAAGUGACUGAAGAUGUUCCUCCGAAGGAGACUUGUGAAUCCAGUGUGAAUUCCUCAGAAACACUGGCCGAGACUCUGCUGAAGGAUCCGAAAUUCCGCCUGCAACUCUCGCUCAGUGAGAUGCUGAAUCUGCUGAGCAAAGAUACAUCGAUUACGCAGAGUGACCUGAAGGACUUCUGUAUCACCAUGCAGGACUUCGAGGAGGCGCUGAAGACCACACAGCCCGUGGCGAAGCGCGAGGGCUUCAUCACGGUGCCCAAUGUCACGUGGCAGGACAUUGGAUCGCUGUGGGGCAUUCGGGAGGAGUUGAAGCUCGCCGUGACGUCGUCUGUGAAGUAUCCGAAGAAGCUGAAGGCGCUAAAGCUCGAGCCAUCGUGCGGAGUGCUGCUCUGCGGACCGCCGGGCUGUGGGAAGACGCUGCUGGCCAAGGCGGUGGCCAAUGAGGCGGGCAUCAAUUUUAUCUCAGUGAAGGGACCGGAACUGCUCAACAUGUACGUGGGCGAGAGCGAGAGGGCUGUGCGACAGUGUUUCCAACGUGCCAGAUAUUCGGCUCCGUGUGUCAUCUUCUUCGAUGAGUUCGAUGCGCUGUGUCCGAAGCGCUCCAAUCGGACGGAGAACACGGGAGCCGCUCGUGUGGUGAAUCAGUUGCUGACGGAGAUGGACGGAAUGGAGGACAGGAAGGGUGUUUUCGUCCUGGCGGCCACAAAUAGACCAGAUAUGAUUGAUUCGGCUGUGCUGCGACCGGGACGCUUCGAUAAGAUUCUCUUUGUGGGCAUUCCAAAUCAGUGUGAUCGAGAAGACAUUCUCAAGGCGCUGACAAAGAAUGGCACAGAACCUCGUCUGGCUGAUGAUGUGGUGUUUGAGGAAUUAGCCGCGCAGUCAGAAGGAUACACAGGAGCGGACUUGGCCGGACUGGUGAGACAGGCGAGCAUGAAGGCGUUCAAGGAAUCUCUGACGACAGAUAGUAGCGAUUCGGACGAUAUUAAAGUGACCAGAGACAAUUUCAUGCAGGCUUUCACAGAAACCAAACCUUCAGUCUCACAAGAGGAGAAGGAGAAUUAUGAGAGACUUCGAGUCCAGUAUUCGUCGCUAUCGGGAUAGAGAGAGAGAGAGAGAAAAGGUGGCCAUAAUUAAGAAUUGGGAGGAGAUUCAUGACGGAAGAACAGUUGAAGGUAUGAUUUAGAGAUUUUAGUGAAAGAUUGCGAAGGAGCGUGAGAUCAUUUUGUUGAUUUAAUGUGAAUUUGACACGAUACUGAAGGACAAACAUGAAAUAAAUCAAUCAUUUGGUAUUUCUA